AUGAGGCAAAGAAUUUGGCUGAAUGAUUUUUGUGUCCCAGAACUUCAUGGAGUGGAGAACUUCCAAGUGAUGGAGGAGGAUAUUUGGCAGGAGAAAUCUGAGCUGGCAUCUGUGACCUUUGAUGACGUCUGUGUCAAGUUCACCCAAGAAGAGUGGGCUUUGCUGGAUCCUUCACAACAGAAGCUGUACAGGGAUGUGAUGGUAGAAACCUUCAGGAACCUGGCCUCUGUUGAGAAACUCUAUGUUUGCAAGCAAUGUGGAAAAGCCUUUAGCUCUUCCAGUUACCUGAAAAAACAUGAAUGUUUUUACACUGGAGUGAAGCCCUAUGCAUGUAAGGAAUGUGGCAAAGCCUUCGAUUUGUCCAGUGAGCUUCGAAGACAUGUAAAAACUCACAGUGGUGAGAAACCCUAUGCAUGUGAGCAGUGUGGAAAAGCUUUUAGUUCUUCCAGGAACCUCAGAAGACAUGAAAACACUCACACUGGAGAGAAGCCCUUUGCAUGUAAGCAGUGUGGCAAAGCUUUUAGUUCUUCCAGGUACCUCAAAGCACAUGAAAGAAUUCACACUGGAGCAAAACCUUAUGAAUGUAAAGAAUGUGGGAAAGCCUUCUUUUGGUUCAGUGAACUUCAAACACACAUAAAUACUCACAGUGGUGAGAAACCCUAUGUAUGUGAGCAGUGUGGCAAAGCUUUUAGAUCUUCCAGGUCCCUCAAAGCACAUGAAAGAAUUCACACUGGAGCAAAACCUUAUGCAUGUAAAGAAUGUGGAAAAGCCUACUAUUGGUCCAGUAAACUUCAAAUACACAUAAAAACUCACAGUGGUGAGAAACCCUAUGUAUGUGAGCAGUGUGGCAAAGCUUUUAGUUCUCCCAGUUCCCUCAAAGCACAUGAAAAAAUUCAUACCGGAGCAAAACCUUAUGCAUGUAAACAGUGUGGGAAAGUCUUCUAUUGGUCCAGUAAACUUCAAAUACACAUAAAAACUCACAGUGGUGAGAAGCCAUAUGUAUGUGAGCAGUGUGGGAAAGCUUUUAGUUCUUCCAGUUACCUCAAAGCACAUGAAAGAAUUCACACUGGAGCAAAACCUUAUGCAUGUAAAAAAUGUGGGAAAGCCUUCUGUUGGUCCAGUGACUUUAGAAUACAUGAACGAAGUCACUGUGGUGAGAAAUCCUAUGUAUGUGAGCAAUGUGGAAAAGCUUUUAUUUGUUCCAGUUACCUCAAAACACAUGGGCUAAUUCACACUGGAGAGAAGAACUUUGCAUGUAAGAAGUGUGGAAAAACCUUUAGGUUAUCCAGUUACCUCAAAAAACAUGAAAUUAUUCACACAGGACCAAAAGCUUAUGCAUGUAAACAGUGUGGAAAAGCCUUCCAUUGGUCCAGUAAACUUCAACGUCAUGUAGAAACUCACAGUAGUGAAAAACCCUAUGUAUGUGAGCAGUGUGGAAAAGCUUUUAGUUGUUCCAAUUACCUGAAAACACAUGAAAGAACUCACACUGGAUAGAAGCCCUUUGCAUGUAAACAAUGUGGAAAAACCUUUAGGUCAGCCAAUUACCUCAGAAAACAUGAACAAAUUCACACUGGAAUGAAAUCUUAUGAAUGUAAACAAUGUGGGAAAGCGUUCUAUUGGUCCAGUGGCCUUAGAUCACAUGAACAGAUUCACUGUAGUGAGAAAACCUAUGUAUGUAAGUAAUGUGGAAAAGCUUUUACAACUUCUAGGUACCUGAAAUUACAUGAAGGAAUUCACAUUGGAGAAAAGACCUUUGCAUUUAAACAAUGUGGGACAGCUUUUACUUCAUCCAGGUACUUCAAAACACAUGAAUGA